CUUUCAGGCGGGAUGUUCCCCAAUGGCACCGCCUCCUCACCCUCCUCUUCUCCUAGCCCCAGCCCAGGCAGCUGCGGGGAAGGUGCCUGCAGUAGGGGCCCCGGGGCCGGCGCUGCGGACGGCAUGGAGGAGCCAGGACGAAACGCUUCCCAGAACGGGACCUUAAGCGAGGGCCAGGGUAGCGCCAUCCUCAUCUCUUUCAUCUACUCCGUGGUAUGCUUGGUGGGACUGUGUGGGAACUCCAUGGUCAUCUAUGUGAUCCUGCGUUAUGCCAAAAUGAAGACUGCAACUAACAUCUACAUUCUAAACCUGGCCAUUGCUGAUGAGCUGCUGAUGCUCAGCGUGCCCUUUCUGGUCACUUCCACGUUGUUGCGCCACUGGCCCUUUGGCGCUCUACUUUGCCGCCUUGUGCUCAGCGUGGACGCGGUGAACAUGUUCACCAGCAUUUACUGCCUGACUGUGCUUAGUGUGGAUCGCUACGUGGCUGUGGUGCACCCGAUCAAGGCAGCGCGCUACCGCCGGCCCACUGUAGCCAAGGUGGUGAACCUGGGUGUGUGGGUGCUGUCUCUACUGGUUAUCUUGCCCAUCGUGGUCUUCUCACGCACAGCCGCCAACAGCGACGGCACGGUGGCCUGCAACAUGCUCAUGCCCGAGCCCGCCCAGCGCUGGCUGGUGGGCUUCGUCUUAUAUACAUUUCUCAUGGGCUUCCUGUUGCCUGUCGGUGCCAUCUGCCUGUGUUACGUGCUCAUCAUUGCCAAGAUGCGCAUGGUGGCCCUGAAAGCCGGCUGGCAGCAGCGCAAGCGCUCAGAGCGCAAGAUCACUUUAAUGGUGAUGAUGGUGGUGAUGGUGUUUGUCAUCUGCUGGAUGCCUUUCUACGUGGUACAGCUGGUCAAUGUUUUCGCUGAACAAGACGACGCCACCGUGAGCCAGUUGUCUGUCAUCCUCGGCUAUGCCAACAGCUGUGCCAACCCCAUCCUCUAUGGCUUCCUGUCGGACAACUUCAAGCGCUCUUUCCAGCGCAUCCUGUGCCUCAGCUGGAUGGACAACGCAGCGGAGGAGCCAGUCGACUACUACGCCACCGCCCUCAAGAGUCGUGCCUACAGUGUGGAGGACUUCCAGCCAGAGAACCUGGAAUCUGGAGGCGUUUUUCGUAAUGGCACCUGUGCUUCCAGGAUCAGCACGCUUUAAAGGCCAGGCACUGCCUGGAGGGGGAGAGAGGCCAAAAACGGGGAGAGAGGAGCGGGUGUGGGCCAGUGAUAACCGCUUAGUUAACUGGACCUAGGAAAGUCAUGUGACCAAGGUAAAAAUGGAGAGUUUUGUGGGUCAACUGGGAAGGCUUUCGGGACCUCUUCUCAGCCCUUCCUCCUUCCUACACAGCGCUCGCUACUUUGAACAACUCUGUUCUUCAAACCCGGUAACUUCGAUGCUCCCCGUUCUGCUAGUACAAACCACAAACUUAACUCUCAGUUUGACCCUUGUUUUCUCAAGUCGAUAUCUCUGUUUCUUUAAACUGAGCCAGCGUUAUUGCUAUGUGUUUCCUUUGGGCUGAGUCCCCAGCUUGUGCUCAUCCUGGUCGCUGCGCAGGUCAGCCGGCCAGACUCUGCUCAGAGCGGUUAUCAGAUUGUCCCAAAUCGCCGCUCUCCCUUUGCACAGCCUUACUUUAAAAGGAAGCCCGGCUUGAGGAUGACCAGGCAACUUCUCAAGGAAGGCACAUCUUUCCCUGGGCACUUCCUCCCUCUGCUCCGCCCACACCCAGAGCAGAGCUAGGUGCUUAAGAAAAGGUCGUGCACCCAGAACCCCAGACUUUGUAUAGCUCCGCCCACGUCCUCUUUCGGAGGAAAAAAGGAGUAAACAGGACAAGUUUGUAAGAUCCUUGGUUUGUGAAUAUGGGUACCAUAGAAGUCACUCUACCCUUAGAGCUCAGAAAUUGAGCACUGGGUUCCAAAGUUCCCGCGAGGGGCGCUCCCAACUGGUAAAUGACUUAGGCUGGCUGGCGGGGUGUACCUGAAAUACAGGGCUGAUCCUCUGGGAUCGCUCCCUAGAAUAACAAAAGCUUCGGUUUCCUACUCUAGCGUAAAUUUCAGGUCCAGCUCAGGCUCCUCCUGUGAUGACCGCAGGACCUUUGCCAAAGCUGGAUCGGUUGCUGUAACUUGUGUGGUCCCGGAGGGUUCAGGCCUUUCAAGCCGUGCCUAAUAAGUUAUUUCUUGUUUAACAUAUUUAUUUAUUUAUUUAUUUGUGGUGUUGGAAAUCCUGUGCUUCUGCUUUUCUCUACUUGCCUAACAGGGCUGCUCUUGGGAGUUCAGGGAGCUUCAGGGUGUGGAUGAGAGCAGGAGAAAAGAAAGGCUCCCUCCUCAGCCUAAAACCCUCUCAGGUUCCACUCUCUUGGGUUCUCUUAGCCUUUUCUCAAUCCUUCCUAUUUUUGCUUGUAUCCAGUGAAGUUUGGAGAUUUUUAAAUGCUUUUUUAUUGUAGCUUUGGUCUUCUUAAAAUAAAUAAAUGGUAAUUUUGGCUAGCUUCUGUCAGUGCAAAGUGUAAGACCUGAAUUCCUGGUGUCCCAGGAAACAUGGGGGAAAACCACACUGUUCUGUGAUGUGUGUGUAUGUAUAUGUGCUGCUAUGCACAAAUCAUAUGUAUAUAUACGGGAGAGGAAGACAGAUUUGUUUGUCUUGACUGACUGUCACAAGUCCAUGAAGCAAUUAGAAGGACAAGGGUGGCUCCAGCUGGGAUGUUUUCAGUUUCAGGUUCAAGUAGCACUCAAACUUAGACCUGAGAAAUGUCAAUCAGAGACUUGAAUCCCUACUGAAGAUAUUGCUGCCUUGUCCUAGGAACCAGCACAGGUGAUUCUUCCACGCGUCCAGUUAACAUAGUCACUUCUGUUGGGGAAUGGAAGUGGAAAUAAUUAUGUCUGAAUUUACUAACUACAUUAGAAAUCUGAACAGAGCAAGGACCGUUCAUUUCACUCAUUCGUGUUUCCUGUAGUCUUUGGUGUGCUGGUUUGUACAUUGGAGGCACAGAAAGCAUAUAUAUCUUGGCUGGUUGUUUAAGUAAGCCAGUGUAUAUCAGUGGUCCUGGAAUAAUGAACCUUGGGUUUUCAGGUUCCCACUGACAUGACAUACAAUGACUGAAUGCACUAAAUAGAAAAGAUGUUUUGUGCACAUUUGCUUCGAGAACACUAUGCUUUUCUAAAAGCAGUAACCAAGAGUUAAACUGUCUCAUGGUUUGUUUCAACAAAUGAACAAAUAUGCUUUGGAUCAUAAGAAAGUUUAGAUCUUUUCCUAAUAAUAGUUAAAUGUAUAUAAUAACCCUUCUGUUAAAGCUGAUUUUUAAUCGUUAAGAACAAUGAACUUUACAAGCUGAAAUCUCCAUCGUUAUCAUCUCAACAUAAUAGAAAUGUGGUGCCCUUCACCUGCUGCCACUGUAAUCGUAACAGAAUAAACAGAUGUGUCAUGCUGUCACAAGUUGUCGGGCUUCCAUUUGAAUCUUACUGUUUCAAGGGGUUAUU